ACUUAGCUGUGUGAGCGUGUCUGGCUGAACAGAAAGAUGCAGCUCUAGAUCCUUGACUUUUCCGAGUAUCACCACGGUUGACGUGCUCUGGCCCAGGGCUAUACCUGAAGAAAAAAACACAAAGAAACAGGCUUUCAAAAUGCUGGUGACAAUGCUAACAGCCCUGUACAUGUUGGUGAAAGCGGGUGAACAGCUGGGUGUUCGGUGGGUACGUGAGCAGGAGCCUCUCCCGUAUAUGGUUUCUCAGCCCUUGCCAUGGCAGAUCCACAACGUCUCCCAAUCUCGGAGAGGAAGCCGUACAGAAGAGUUUGGGGGCCAGAGAAGGAACAGCAUAGGAGUUUACAGAAAGCACUCUUCGUCCAGUAAUGGACACAACGGAGCCUCUGCCGACAAGGCGGCGUCUACAAUUCAGAACCAGUACAGGAAGUACCAGCAGAAGAAGCAGAAAGACCACAAAUGAAAUGCCAAGAGCUAAACUGUCAGCAGGGUCCAUUCCAUGCUGAUCAAGAAGACCCAGUAUAACCUUAUAACCCCAGCAACUGUGCACACGCAAAACUGCUCUGCAUCCAUGUUAAAAGACGACUUCUGUGAGCGACAGUCACGUAUUCUGAUGUACAGAUACCUGCACAAACACAAACAUUCAGACAAGGACAAAUAUUUCAAAUUCAGACCAUUUGCUGAUAAAAGAUGCCACAAACACUCCCAGAUCUUUAAGAUAAAUGCAUAAACACAUGCAGAUUACAUGCACAAUAAUAUAUAGAAUAUCACAGGAAGCUGCAUGUUUACUUAUCCAUCCAUUUUUUAAAUUUGUAUAAAAAUGUUAAAAGGUUAAAAAUGAAUUCUGUUACAGUUACAAAUUACUUAAUAAAAAAGUAUUCAGUAACGUAAUUCAACACCACAAUAUGAAAGUAAUGUAAUCUGAUUACUCUUGGAUUCCUUCAAGGUCACAUAUGUAAAUAAAUUCAAGUAAAAAGCAAUGUCAUCAAAAUACUUUCAUUUUGAUGCAAAAUAUAAAAUAUUUAAGAAAUUGCCAUGUAGUUGUAACUAUGCUGUAACUAUUCUCUGCUUAUAUGAAAACAGAAUUUGUACACAACAGAGUUUUUUUUGGCAACAGAAUGCAAAUGCGCUUUUCUUCAAGCAAAUACCUGUAAUAAGAACAGACGCACUGAAUUGUUAACAUUAUAUAAAGCUUAAAAAAAUAUUGUAAGCUUCAAAAUUAGCCUACAGCAAAGUGUAACUGUCAAGUAUUGCAGUUAAAUCUGUUGGAAAGAUUUGUCAUACCUAAUGAAAGACCUAGCUGUGUCUCAACCUGUGUCCAAGGAGAAUGAUGGGAGACGGGUGUUGUUUGCGCAUGCACCAAUAGGUGGCUCACGUGAGUCAUGACUGCCAACAGAACCACCAGAACUACAACACCAUUACAUGUUUUCAAUAACUCCCCAACCUGUUCUGGUACCCAACAUGGGGUUUUCCUCAAAUUUUGCUCAUUCUAGCUAAAUAAAUGCACACAAACAUUUAAGUUUAUUCCUAAUCAUUUUAGGUUAAUCUACAUUGUGUAACAUUUCAAUGUUACAUUAUGUGGUGAUAUAGUUCAAUGUGCCUAGGUGGGGAGCAAUGUGAAAAUCUGCCAUUUGAAAGUCUGCUGAGAGCAAUGUGUACUUUAACAGAUGAUGUACCAGUGAUUUUUAUAAACUGCCAUGGCAACAAACAAUCACAUUCAAUAAACAUUUUACAAG